GUAGAACAGCGCGAGAGCACAGGAGAGUGGAAAGAGAGAGAGGGAGAGCGAGAGAGAGAGUAAGUGAGUGAAAGAGAGAAAGAGAGAGAGAGAGAGAGUGUGUGAGAGAGAGAGAGGCUAGAAGGGCUAAGCAUUACAAUCACUUCUUCUCCAGCACGUACAUGAUAUGCCAAGACUGCUGCAGAGGAUUGGCUCUCUCCUGCCCGUCCAAUUUCUUUUUUUUAUCAAUCCUUUUUUUCUCUCCACUCUUUCUUUCAUCUGCUUUCUGUCACGCAGGACCCGUCAUCCUCUCUAGCUGCUCGUCUGUAAUGGGAGGGACAAAAGAGGAACCUCCGUAUAUGGAAUAGAGGAGCCCGUGAUUCCCUGAGAUAUCCAUUCAAAAGCCUCGCCGACCACCGGUGAAAUUGAGUAGCCACUUAAGGCUGGCUUGUAAGGGAGGGCAGACACUCUCACAAUCAAAGCAGCUCUAAAACAACAGAGAACGGGAGUGGAAGAGAAAAAAAGGAGAGAGAAAGAGAGAGAGAGAGACAGAGAGAGAGAAAAAGGGCAACUGCAGGAAGAUUUGCCUAUCUUGCAACUCUGGAAAGACUAUCAUCACAAUUUAAUAAGAGUUUGAAACGCAACGCUGCUGCAACAAAUCUGUCUUCUUUAGGAACCGUCUGCAAGCAAGAGCCAGCGGACUUAACCGUAAGAUGCCCCGGCGGCUUUUAUGAAUAGUGAGAAGUCACUAAAGCUGCUAAAGCUGUGCUUUGCAAGCAUAAAAGCAUAAAAAAGGGCAGAAAAGUGAAUAGAAGUAGUAAACUGCAACUGGGUCUGUUUUAGGACCACUUUUAGGACUACGUUUUCUGGCGUAAUCCAAAAUGGGGUCACGUUUGGCCUCUAUAGUCCAGUGGGAUUGCUGUAUCGCAAUAUAUUCCUGAUGAUGACAUCGAAUUUGCCUCGACCCACUCUCCUCGCAGGAUCUUCCUCCUGUGACCGAAGUGGGCAAACAAGCUGAAAGAGCCUCAAGUUUGACCAGCAGGCCUUUUCCGUGGCUUUCAAAGCCCACAGCUCGGAUGAUCAGUUUGGAAAUACCUUUUCUUUUCCUCUUGCUUCGAAAAGAAGGUUUGGAGAAACCACCUCAGGGCCCGUCAGCCUUCUCUACUCUUGUCCCUUUGCUCUGGUAAAAAACCUGCAUUCCCCAAAGCAAAUAUGGCAGCUGGAGUGGCAACAUGGCUGCCCUUUGCCCGGGCGGCCGCCGUUGGCUGGCUUCCUCUGGCCAAAAAGACCAUGCCCAAGCCGCCUGUGGACAAGAAGAGCCGCAGCGACGAGAUCCUGAUUGUCAACGUGAGCGGGCUCCGCUUCCAGACGUGGAAGAACACCCUAGAUCGGUAUCCGGACACCUUGCUGGGAAGCUCGGAAAAGGAGUUCUUCUAUAAUGAGGACACUCAGGAAUACUUCUUUGACAGGGAUCCGGAGAUGUUCCGCCAUAUCCUGAACUUCUACCGCACAGGAAAGCUGCACUACCCUCGGCAGGAGUGCAUCCAGGCAUUUGACGAGGAGUUGGCCUUCUACGGCAUCGUGCCGGACAUCAUCGGGGAUUGUUGCAUGGAAGAGUACCGCGACCGCAAGAAGGAGAACCAGGAGCGUUUGGCCGAAGACACAGAGGCAGAGAUGGCCACGGAUGUUCCUCUGCCGCCGAACAGCACGCCUCGAGAACGCCUAUGGCGGGCUUUUGAGAACCCUCACACGAGCACCAUGGCGCUGGUCUUCUACUACGUCACAGGAUUCUUCAUUGCAGUCUCGGUCAUCGCCAAUGUUGUAGAGACAGUGCCGUGCCGGCCGCCCAAGGGCAGCGUUAAGGACUUGCCUUGUGGCGAGAAGUAUUCAGUGGCCUUCUUCUGCAUGGACACGGCAUGCGUCUUAAUCUUCACCUUCGAGUACCUGAUGAGGCUCUUCGCCGCCCCCAGCCGCUGCAAGUUCAUGCGUUCCGUCAUGAGCGUCAUCGACGUGGUGGCCAUCAUGCCCUACUACAUCGGCCUGGUCAUGCCGGAGAACGAGGACGUGAGUGGUGCCUUUGUCACGCUUCGGGUCUUCCGGGUCUUCCGAAUCUUCAAGUUCUCACGCCACUCGCAGGGCCUCCGCAUCCUGGGCUACACGCUAAAGAGCUGCGCCUCCGAGCUCGGCUUUCUACUCUUCUCCCUCACCAUGGCCAUCAUCAUCUUCGCCACUGUCAUGUUCUACGCCGAGAAAGGGACCAAAGGAACCAACUUCACCAGCAUUCCCGCCUCCUUCUGGUACACCAUUGUUACCAUGACAACGCUGGGGUAUGGAGACAUGGUUCCGAACACCAUCGCUGGGAAGAUCUUCGGCUCGAUCUGUUCUCUGAGUGGUGUGCUGGUGAUCGCACUGCCUGUUCCCGUCAUCGUCUCCAACUUCAGCCGCAUCUACCACCAAAACCAGCGAGCUGACAAAAUGCGCGCCCAGCAGAAAGUGCGCCUCGCCCGGAUUCGCAUGGCAAAGAAAGGGACCACCAAUGCAUUCCUGCAGUACAAAGAAGACGGGGGUCUUCAGGAUCACGACAGUGACAGCGCUGCUCUGUGUCUGAAGAACAGAUCGUCCUUCGAACACCAACACCACCAUCUGCUCCACUGCCUGGAGAAGACCACGAAUCACGAGUUUACGGACGAGCUGACGUACAGUGAGAUGUGUAUGACCGAGUCGGUGGGCUACAGGACCAGCCGCAGCACUUCCCUCUCCAGCCAGCAGGCGGUGUCCUCGUCCUGCUGUCCUCGCAGGGCCAAGAGGAGAGCGAUCCGGCUCGCCAACUCCACCGUAUCGGUCAGCCGGGGCAGCGUCCAGGAACUGGACACACUGCAGGUGCUGAAGAGCUCAGCCGUCCCCCAGAGCCGCUCCAGCCUGAACGCCCGGACGGAGGACCUGAAGUUAAACUGUGAGCAGCGAGAUUACACAGCGGCCAUCAUUAGCAUCCCCACGCCUCCCGCCAACACGCCGGACGAGAGCCUGCCGCCGUCGCCGGCCGUGCCGGGCAUCCUGCGCAACUCCCGCAGCAUCUCCUCCUUCACCCACGAGACCGUCAAGAUCUCCUCCUUAUAACCCCCCAGAAACCCUCCAAGCACACGGGCUGAGCCCCCCCCCCCCCCCCCCCCCAAGCACAAAGAGACGGAGGGAGCUUCUCCUGCCAGACGUCCAGAUAUACCAUCCUUCCCUCCCUCCAUCUAUCUCUCCAUCUCUCCUCCUCCAAACAGUAUAAACCUACUAAACUCUGACUCCAGCCACAAAAAAGCAUCCAUAGAUUCCUUCAGACAAAAGCACCCGUUUUUAUCUUUAUCAUCCAGAUCCAGAACCCAGAGCUAAACACGAGCAACACAGCGAGGAGGAGGAGGAGGACGCAAGCCUCAGAAAAAUCAGACGAGAAAAAUCAGACGAGAAAAAUCAGACGGGAAAAAUCAGCAGGAGCUUUGUGUUUUUUUGUGUUUUUUUUUUUUUUGGAGACUGUCUGUCAGAAGUUUACUGGACUAAACUUCCUCUACAGACCUUCACUGUCGAUUUUGGACAAAAGAAAGGACAAAAAAAUAAGGUGAAAUACAAAAAUGAAAGAAAAUGGAAGAGAAUUCCACUUUUUUUGUUCCACUCGUUGUUGUUUUGGGAUUAAGAUGGUGAAAAAAUGGAUUUCAAGAUUUUGGGAUUUCAAGAUUUUGGGAUUGCCAUGGUCAGGUCACACCGUAAACCGAUAUACCCCAUACACAGGUCAUGGUGGCACUGAAGGCCUUUUACUUUACCAGAUAUGCAACGUUUAAAACAAGCAGGAAUUUAACGCCUAUAUGUUUAGUGUGUGUACAAAAAUUGCAGGGAGAGAUUAUAAUGAAAAAAAAAAAAAAAAAAAAAAACAGAAGAGUAUGAACACAAAAAAGAGAGUUAUAUUCCUCUACUCCUCUAUAUUCUAGAGAAACCUUUACAAACAGAGAGAGAGAGAGAGAGAGAGAGAGAGAGAAAGAGAGAGAGAGACGUACGUGUGAAAUAAUAUAUAUAUAAAAGACGUGGGAAUUAAUAUAUAUAUAUAUAUAUUAACGGGGAAAAUGCGGUUGGGAUUGCUUCAGCAGGGCAGUAUAUAUGUAUCAUAAUUUGUAUCAUAUUUCACAUGCAUCUUCCAACCUUUCCUGCCUCCCCAAAAUGAAAACCAACUACAAAAAAAAACUAGAAAGAGAGAAAGAGCGAGAGAGAAAGAGAGAGAGAGAGAGAGAGAGAGAGAGAGAUAGAGAGAAAGGACCCACCCUACUCAGACAUGCAUGUCAUUGUACAGUAGAUUGCAGAGAAUGGAGCAGCUAAGAUGCUAUCCCACCUAUUUUUUGCAUGGAUUCUUUUUCCGUUCGGUUCGGUUCAGUUCUCUUUCGUUUCCUGACAUCGGUGAAAAAAUUUAAUUAAAUAAAAAAAAUAAUAAUUAAAUACAAAUAAAUUAAACAUUUAUAGGAUAUUACUGAUCAAAACCGCUGCACCCAAAAGUGCACAAUAACUCUAAAAAAUAGUAAUAAUAAAAAAAGGAAUAAUAAAAACGAUUAAAAUGAUUAAAAAAACAACCAAAAACUAAGAAAAAAAAACAAACAAAAAAAAAAAACAACGAAACAAACAACAUUCAGGCAUGUUCUUUGCUAAAUAUGUUUUCCGGGCUGGAGCGUACGACUCCAGUGUGUGUGCGUAUGUAUGUAAGUAUGUGUGUGUAUAUGAGUAAGAAAAUGAGAGAAAGAGUGAGUAAAUGAGUGAGUGAGUAAGUGAGUAAAUGAAUGAUUGAGUGCUGUUGGUUGGUGGAUAGGACUUGUGUACAUUGAUCACAAAUAUGCAUGGAUACCGUUGUAGGUAUGUUUUUUUAAUGUGUUUGCUCCUUUGGGAAGUCAGUAGCAGAACAGAGAGACUUUGCAGCAUCUCACUGUGUGUCCUUGUGAACGGAGGUGGACAUAAAGGCCGACCAAACCAAACUGUAGAACAUAUAAAAGCAGGCCAACUGUUUAUAGAGCAUUUUGAGUUAACUCAACUUUGUUUAAACUAAGAACUCUCUUUUUUAUUUCUAAAAAAAAAGUUGCGCAGAAACUCGGUUCUGAUACACCAGCUCACAGAUGCAGCCUUGUGCUGAUCCACAUCACCCUCAUCAGGAGUGAUGAGGGGAAAGAGAGAGCGCCAUCUACUGUUCCCAUCCAGAGAUAGAGAGAGAGAGAGAACAAGCACAACCAAUUGUGUUCUCUCAGGGCUCCGGCAGCUGACGGCAAGCUGCAUGACCGGGAUUCGAACCAGGGAUCUACCAAUCAUAGUGGCAGCGCUUUAGACCACUGAGCUACCACAUAUGUUAUCAGUGAUUACAUAAUUCUACGAUUAAAGCUUAGAGAGGAUAUGACUACACAUGGAAAGUAAGUAAAGAAAGGGGCGACUCGCUGAAUAUGCAAAUAGAUGAUCUCAGCAGCCAAUGGGAAAGGUGUUUAUAGAAUUGUGUUUCUAAACUAUUCAUUGUUGAGUUUGAGUGGGAUUUAAUAAUACUUUAGUUAUGUUAACUUACAGUAAAUCAAUUCAGUUAUUAGGGCAGCAGAAAUUAAUUAAAUAGUGUUUAAUAUAAGAUUCAAUUAUCCUUGCUGGUUCGAAUCCCGUUCUUGCAGCUUGCCAUCUGCUGCCAGAGCCCUGAGAGAGAACAAUUGUCCUUGCUCUUUCAGUCUGGGUGGGUACAAUACAGUAGAUGGCGCUCCUUUCUUUGCCCUCAUCACUCCAAAGGGUGAUGUGGAUCAGCGCAAGGCUGCGUCUGUGAGCUGAUGUAUCAGAACCGAGUCGCUGCUGCGCUUUUCUGCGAGCGUUAGCGCUGACUGUGAUGCUACUCGGCAAUGCUGCUGCAGCAUCAGCAGCAGAUCAAAAGUUUGAGUUGAGUUUGAAGUUGAGUUACCUCUCAAAUGAUCUAUAAUGAGAUCUACAAUGCAUCAUUUUUAUUAGGCCUUUAUAUAUUUUACAGUGCACUGACCAUUUGGUUCACCCAAACAUGACUUUUUGUUAUUUUUUGUGUCUCAUUUUUUUGUUUGUUUUAAACAAUUAGCAUGGUUGUGCAUCAGUGCUGCCAGACUAUAUUUUUUUCUCUUUGGUUUGUCUCAGACUUCAUGUUUUUACGAGUUCAAUUUGACUAGUUUCCGGUUAUUCAUGUACAACAGCAAUGAAACUGGGCAAUAAAAAUGUCAUUCUUUUCCUAAAAAGCUAAAUGUGACAUCUUUUAAUUUUCCCAUGAAGACGACAAAAAACUUGCACUUGACUGUGAUGAAAAAAAAAAAGUAUUUUGCAACUCUGUUUACAGGCAUUGUUCCAAAGUUAUUUUUAAUCUCUGUUCGUUUGAUUGUUUGAUCGUUUGAUCGUUUUCCAUCAUGUUGUAUCGGGGGGGCCGUGAUGCAGCGGGCUCGGAGCCGGUCGGACACCUGCCUUCCUUUCGGCAUACAGAGACUGUACGGACAGAGCGCAGAAGGAGGAUGAAUGAGAGUUAGAUAUGAAAAGCACAGAGGUGUAUAGUCUAUUCCACAAAUAAAGUGAACAGAGCUCAGUA